AUGGCUCUAGAGGACAGAUUAGACUUAGCAACUGCAUUUCAAAACCAACAGCAAAAAAGCAUUGAGGAUGUUGCAGGAUUGAUGGCUUUCAAGAAGUGGUCUGUUGCGGCUGACCCUGGUGGUUACUUGAGGGAUUGGAAUGAUACAGCUUCUGCCAGUCCUUGUCUUUGGAGAGGCGUCUCUUGCUCUCCCAGUGGACGUGUCACUGACGUCGACCUUGGUGGUGCCAGCCUCAUCGGUCGCCUUCACCUCGUCCAUCUAUUGACCUUGCCCAAUCUUCGCCAUCUCAACUUGCAUGGUAAUUCCUUCUCCGACGAUGGUGAUCUCUAUUCAUCUACAAAUUCUAGCCUUGAAAGCUGUGGGCUUGAGACCUUAGACUUGUCGGCAAAUAACUUGUCUAGUCCUCUUGGCACACCAUAUUUUCAACUACUACUCUCUUGCAAUUGCCUUUUUUAUCUCAAUCUCUCAUAUAACUCAAUCCCCGGGGGAUCCUUCAACUUCGGCCCUUCGCUCUUGCAACUUGACCUCUCUCACAAUAGGAUUUCAGAUUCCUCCAUCUUGACCUACUCUCUCUCCCACUGUCAGAAUUUGAAUCUCCUCAAUCUCUCCCAUAACAAGAUCCCUGGUGAGCUUCGGGAAAUAUCUGGUCUGAUGGCAAACUUUUUGCCAUCGCUCAACUAUCUAAAUCUCUCCCAGAACAACUUUUCUGAGAAUUUCUCCGAUUUUGAAUUUGGCGAAUGCAGUAAUCUCACCUUGCUUGACCUGUCUAACAAUGGCCUCUCAGGAUCAUAUUUCCCAAUGAGCUUGACAAACUGCCAUCUUCUCGACACCCUUGACCUCUCUCAUAAUGACCUCCAAUACAAAAUCCCAGGGGUCUUGUUGGGGAACCUUAAGAAUCUUCGUCGAUUGUCGUUGGCAUAUAACCAGCUUUCAGGGGAGAUCCCGCCUGAGUUAGGACAGGCUUGUGGGACUCUAGAGGCGCUCAACCUUUCAGGAAAUAGAUUUUCUGGUGGGUUUCCUUCGACUUUCGUCUCAUGCUCAUCAUUGCAAAGCCUCGACCUCGGCAACAACCUACUUUCAGGGGAUUUUCUUAAUACAGUAAUCAGUACUCUACCAAAUCUUAAGUAUCUCUAUGUACCCUUCAACAACAUUACUGGUCCAGUGCCACCAUCUAUAACCAAUUGUACUCAACUUCAAGUGCUUGACCUCAGUUCUAAUUCCCUUGCUGGGAGUUUGCCUUCUGGGUUUUGCUCACCUGCGACCAAGACCCUAUCGUCCUCUUCUCUUGAGAAGAUAUAUUUGCCCAACAAUUUUCUCUCAGGAUUGUUGCCUUCAGAGCUUGCAAAUUGCAGAAAUCUAAAGACUAUUGAUCUUAGUCUCAAUAGCAUAGGCGGCUCGAUUCCAUCAGGAAUUUGGAAGCUUCCCAAUAUUUCUGAAUUGAUUAUGUGGGCAAACAACCUCUCAGGUGAAAUUCCAGAGGAUAUUUGCAUAAAUGGAGGAAAUUUAAGGACUUUGAUUCUGAACAACAAUCGCAUCACCGGAACCAUUCCACUUUCUAUUACUAACUGCACUAAGUUGAUGUGGCUGUCACUUUCCACCAACAAGCUCGUGGGAGAAAUUCCAUAUGGAUUUGGGAAUCUCCUUUACCUCAGCCUGCUCCAACUGGGCGAAAAUAUGCUAUCUGGCCAGAUACCAGGAGAAUUGGGCAAGUGCCCAAGCCUUAUUUACCUAGACUUGCAUAACAACAAGUUAACUGGUCCUAUCCCAUCAGAAUUUGCCGAUCAUGUCAACUUGAUCCAUGGAUUCAUUUCUGGGCAACAUCUUGCAUACUUGAAAACUGAGAAUGUGAAUGCCUGCAAAAGUGCUAAAGGAAUUGUAGAAUCUGGGGGAGUUCGAGCAGAGGCAUUGGUGACCGUGUUUCACUCUUGCCCAUUCACUAGAAUUUACGAUUUAAGCAAGGUAUCCUUAUUCAUGAACUUGCUCAUGAGCUGUAACAGCAUGAUCUACCUUGACCUAUCCUACAAUUCCUUGUCUGGAACCAUUCCAGAAAGUCUUGGCUCAGUGCACAGUCUAAUUGUCCUAGGAUUGGGACAUAACAAGUUGACAGGAAUGAUUCCUGAUAUUUUUGGGAGUUUAAAGGAAAUUGAGACGCUAGAUUUGUCUUAUAAUUAUCUUCAUGGACCUAUACCCCCGUCAUUGCAGACUGUUUCUUUUCUUAUUGAAUUUAAUGUCUCUAACAACAAUCUCACAGGUCCCGUCCCUUCUGGUGGUCAGUUGAGCACUUUUCCGCCAUCUACUUAUGAAAAUAAUUCUUUCCUCUGUGGGCUUCCCUUGCCUCCUUGUGACUCUAGCUCAUUUCGAUUUCCAUCCCCAAAGAAACAAAGUUCAGUAUACCAAGAAAACUACGAAAAAUCCAGCUGGUUCAAAAUCGAUGGGUUUGACUGGAGAUCAGUAAUUUUGGGAUAUGGAUUUGGAAUGGCCAUCGGCAUUGUUACCGGAAGUUGUAUGAUCCAAAUAAAAAAAAAGAAAAUAAACGAGUAUCACCCAGCUAAUUACAAAAUAUUCUCUCUCACAUGCUUGUGCCCUUGGAAUGCACCAAAGAAUCCAGCUGGUUCAAAAUCGAUGGGUUUGACUGCAGAGCAUUGA